AUGCUUGCGACAAUAUAUCUCAGCGAAGAUAAUCCAUACUUUGCUAUUGAUGAUUAUGGAGCACUAUAUUCAAAAGAUAUGUCAACUCUUUAUAAAGUUCCACCACAAAAUUCAGAAUACAUUAUUCCGAGAACAGUCACUACCAUCAUUGAAUAUGCAUUAUUUGGUAUGCAACAUCUAAGUGCACUAAAUAUCCCGAAUACUGUUACAUCUAUCGGAACAAGACUGAUUAUGUACUCAAAAAUUCCAUUGAUAACAAACGAAAAAGGUAUAAAUCUCACACAAUUAAGUUUUCUAGGGUAUUCUCAGAUUAAAAACUUUACAGUACCCAAAUCUGUUCAAGUUCUAAAAGAUUCGUGUUUUUGGAGGUGCUACAACAUGCUUAGUAUCGAUUUUGAGGAAGGUUCUGAGUUAGAAAUUAUCGAAAGUAGCGCUUUCGGAUACUGCAAUUUUCAGCAAAUCAUAAUUCCUGCUCCUUGUAAAGAAAUACGAAAGAGUGCAUUUAAUUACCAACAAAAAUUGAAAAAUAUAUCAUUGCCAGCUACUAUUCAAAAACUUUAUCCUGAUACUUUCCUCAAUUGCCAAAAUAUCCAAUACAUUUCUCUAGAUGAUCAAUGUGAAAAUUAUUCUUUGAUCGAUAAUGUUAUCCUUCAAUCUGCUGAUGGACUUCAAACAAUAUACAUUGUUUCAACAAUUACAUCUAUAACGAUUACUGCUUCAAUGAAGACCAUUGGAAACUCUGUUCUUCAAGGAUGUGAUAAUUUAACAACAAUCACCGUUGAUCCAAAUAACAAAUACUUUUCAGCAUCAAACGGAAUCUUAUAUGAUUUGAAGAAGACUAAAUCCAUUGCUGCUGUUGGUGGAAUUGUCAAGGCAGUUGUUGCUGAUAGUGUUACAAUGAUAGGUCCAUCAUGUUUUGCAGGUUGCCAAAAGAUGCCAAGUAUUACUCUCGGAAGUAAAGUUGUUUCAAUAGAAUUCCAAGCAUUUACUAAUGCUAAGAAGAUUACAACAAUCACAUUUCCAGCAACACUCAAAUACAUCAGAGGAUCUGCAUUUUAUUAUGCAACAAUAUUAAGAACGGUUAGAUUCCUAGGCGAUUCAUUAGAAACAAUAGGAACAUUAGCUUUUCAAGGAACAAGGCUCAGUUCCAUUACAUUCGGAAGUAAUUUAAAAUUAAUUGAACACGAUUCAUUCAACGGUAUACCAUUAACUAGUCUUACAUUUCAUCCGGAUUGCCCCAUGCAAAAAAUAAGAUAUAAUACAUCCUAUCAGACUAAAUUGACAAAAGUUUCGAUUCCAAGAGCUGUCAAAGUUAUUGAAUAUUAUGCAUUUUAUAAUAUCAAAUCACUUGUUACUAUCGAAUUCCAAGGUCCUGCCAAUAUAACAGAGAUUCAACGCAAUGUUUUUUCUAAUGCAAAUAUCACAACACUAUCUCUUCUUAAUACUUUAACAUCACUAUCUAAUUUGGCAUUUUUUGGAUGCACAUAUCUUGAAACACUUAUUUUUGAGGAAGGAAUGAUGUUGGAUUCACUUGGUCAAUCAUGUUUCAGAGAGUGUUUGAAUUUAGUAAGAGUACAACUUCCUUCUUCAAUAAGUGAUUUGUCUCCAACAACAUUCAUUGGCUGUACAAAACUACAAUCGAUUGAUAUUCCAAGUGACAAUGCGAACUAUUCAUCAGAACAAGGAAUUGUUUACUCAAAGUCAGGAGAUCGUCUUAUCAUUUGUCCAGCAGGAUUAAGUUCUGCGACGAUCAAGAAAACGAUAUUAGUCAUUGGAUCUAAUGCAUUCUAUGGUUGCAGUCUUCUCGAAACGAUCACAUUCGAACCAGGAUGUCGUCUUGAAACUAUGGAAGAAGGGACAUUCGGUGGCUGCACAGCACUCGUUCGUGUUGAUCUUCCGACAUCAUUACAAGUCGUCUAA